AUGUCGCGGUCCCAAAAGGUGGUGACAGCAGAUGAGCUGCAAGAAACUUUAGAUGGCAAAGCAUACAGAUGGGGAAGCAUCGAGCUCGCCCACGGUGGGAUUGGACAUAACAGUGUAUUUGGUAUCACAGACGAGGAUCGCGCAGAUCCGCAUUUACUCCGGUCGUUCUGUACUUCACCGCCCAUUCCAUGGAGUACGUUUAGUUGCCUUCGCACGGGUGACAUCAAGCUAAGUGAAGCAGACGCAACGGCCGCUGAGGAAAAUCUCAAUAGGUUGGCUAGUAGCAGCAAUGGGAGUAUCAGUGGUGGGACAAACGCGGCUAGUAUUCAGAACAGUAUUGCGGAGUCUGUAAAGUCCAUUGGAAGGUUUUUGGAAGAACACUGCCCGGAGCUUUGCACCAAAAAAGAAGAUGCAACCUGCCGUGGGGCAACGUUUCUUAUGUUGGGUGUUGUGACUGGCAACAUGGAUCUCACUCGUCGUUGCCUAGAACUUGGGGCAAACCCAAAUAACAUGAGUUUUAUGAGUGAUCCCGAGGUGACCGUAAACCAGAUGCAGCAUGGAUACAGUCCAAUGUUUAUCUCUGUUAUUUCAGGUAAAUUGGAAGUGAUGUCGCUGCUACAUCACUUUGGCGGCAGUGUACAUGUGUAUGAUCGCUGGGGUCGUACACCACUUCACGCCGCUGUGGCACUUGAAGAUGCGGAAGUUGUGCAAUGGCUCUUGUCUAAAGGCGCACCACGUUGUAUUGGGAACUUUGUGAAUUUACUGCUGGAUGCCCCUGCAGAACACGAGGACGUGACGUUGCCAAAUCCCGCACUACACCCUCGUCCAACUUUACCACCAAGUGAGGUGCAAAAACAGGAAGAAAAAGAACAAGAACAAGAAGAGGUAGAAGAGAAAGAAAAAGAAGAAGAAAAAAAGGAGGUUAAGGAUAUUAAAGAGAAAGAGGUAAUGGAAAAAAAGGUAGAACCGAUUCCCUGUCAUUGUCACUCAGGUCGGCCAAAGGGUUACUGUGGCUGUGUGGAUGAUAUGUUCAUUCGAUGGUCGUAUGAUCGUUUGAAUUCCUGGUGGCAAUCAGAUACAAAUUUCAGUGCAUUAGCAGCUGCACAUGCAGCAGCUUCACGGAACCGUUCGAGUGUAGGAUAA